ACUGACCCAGGUUUCAAUGAGACCAGCAGUGGUCAAAGGGUUGGUUGCUACCAGAUCGUGCCGCAGAAGAUAAAUUUUUUUAUUUCCAGUGCACUUUAAGACGGUUAAAUUCUGCGUCUGUGUUGCCGUGGGGGUCGACGCGGGCCCGUGGCUAAUGGACAGGUCAGAGUUCAAACUUUGAGAUAGUGAAGCGAAGACUUAACGACGCUCGCAUGGCCCUGUGUUCAAUUGGUUUCUUAACUUUAAAUAAAGUUUUUAAAAAAAACAAGGAUUACAAUCAGAUUGCGAAUUUUAACUUUGAAGUUGUUGUUUGUAGCAUGAUGCCGGAGAAAUCGUAACAAGUAAAAAAAAAAACAACAACAAAAAAGACUAGGUUCAUCACAUCUCAAACACGAUGGGAGAAGUACCGGUAGACAAAGGUAUGGACAGAAUGACUAUAAAAUAAUAAAAACAACAACAAAAAAGACUAGGUUCAUCACAUCUCAAACACGAUGGGAGAAGUACCGGUAGACAAAGGUAUGGACAGAAUGACUAUAAAAUAACUUCACACAUCUUUUUUUUUUUUUUUUUUUUUUUUUUGGUUUUUUUUUUUUUUUUUUUUUUUGGGUGUGUUUUCUACAAACAAACUACUGUUUUGAAAACCGUUUGUAGACUCAGCCCGUAUGUAUUCCCGGAUAACAUUUAUCAUAGGAAAUAAGGUUUAAAAACGCUUUAAAAAAAGUAUUUCCUUCAACAACGUCAUCAAUCAAGUAAUACAAACCAUGAUAUAUAAUGUAUCUGAGUGUUUCAUUUGAGAGUAACAACAUGACUCCUUACUUUACCGUCUCCUGUGUGAUUUUUUUACAGGAGCCGGUCUUAUGGUAAUCGGAAUGCCUUAAAAAGACUCGGAUAAUCUUGGGAGUUGGUUUCAUGACGGGAGAAGAGUUCUCCUCUCCCACCCACCCCCAUAUUAUGCAUGAUCGUGGCAAUAACAACGUAGCAAUAAAAUAUGUCACAUAAAAUAUGGGGUAUGUAAGGUGACAAAUGAAAUCUGUUAUAUAAAAUACGGGGUAUGAAAGGUGACAAAUAAAAUAUGUCACAUAAAAUAGGGGGUAUGUAAGGUGACAAAUGAAAUCUGUUAUAUAAAAUACGGGGUAUGAAAGGUGACAAAUAAAAUAUGUCACAUAAAAUAUGGGGUAUGUAAGGUGAUAAAUGAAAUCUGUCAUAUAAAACAUGGGGUAUGUAAGGUGACAAAUGAAAUCUGUCAUAUAAAAUACGGGGUAUGUAAGGUGACAAAUAAAAUAUGUCAUAUAAAAAAUGGGGUAUACGAGAUGACAAACUGAAAUCUGUGAUCUAAAUACGGGGCCACUAGCUAAAUUAAACAUUAACUCACAUGUCGAUCUUAAGUUCGUUGUUUAGUUUUUAGGUAUUUACACAGCUAUUAUUCGUGCUAUAAAAUAUCAUUCGAGUACUUGCCCCCCAGGGGCAUCUACACAGGGGGAAAGGGGGGAGGGGGGGUUGAAGACGCCCUUGCUUUCUACAGUCGCAAGCUAAACUCUUAUUUUCUAACUCUCAUUUUCUAACUCUCAUUUUCUAACUCUCAUUUUCUAACUCAUUUUCUAACUCUCAUUUUCUAACUCUCAUUUUCUAACUCUCAUUUUCUAACUCUCAUUUUCUAACUCUCAUUUUCUAACACUCAUUUUCUAACUCUCAUUUUCUAACUCUCAUUUUCUAACUCUCAUUUUGACCCCAUCAAAUUCUAUUUUUGUCGGUUUUUUUUUUUUUUUUUGUUAGUUUUUGGGCUCAAUUUUAUUUUUUUUUUUUUUUUGUUGUNUUUUCACACAAAUCUCUACAUUAUUACGACGAUUUUAUCCCAUGCGUGUCAUUAUAACUUGUAAAGCCGGUCUACUUUAUUUUAAUUAAAAGAUGCUGACAACUGUGAAAGUUAUUUGAAAAACCAAAUAUUACAAUCUCACAAUAUUUUCAAAAUUUCUAAACUUUAAAAAAAAAAAAAAAGAAAAAAAAGAGUAGUAUCUUUUCCCUUACACGGCGCUACAUUAGAACCUUAGAUAGUGGAAGGCUGAAACUAGAAAGACAUGACGGUAAAAGGAGAACGUUUCGGCUAAAAUCCCAUUAAAAAAAAAUGUAAGCUUCCAAAAACCUUGUUCACUUAUUUCCUUCACAAAGAUUGAACGCAUCCUUUAUUUGUUAUCCAUUUACCACACAACCUGUUAAAUUCUGUUGAAUCCACUAAGAAUCCCCAAUGGCAGCAGGCCUGUAUUCACCAUCCUACAUUAUCCACACAACCACACAACCUGUUAAAUUCUGUUGAAUCCACUAAGAAUCCCCAAUGGCAGCAGGCCUGUAUUCACCAUCCUACAUUAUCCACCAAGAAUCCCCAAUGGCAGCAGCCCUGUAUUCACCAUCCUACAUUAUCCACCAAGAAUUCCCAAUGGAAGCAGGCCUGUAUUCACCAUCCUACAUUAUCCACCAAGAAUCCCCAAUGGCAGCAGGCCUGUAUUCACCACCCUACAUUAUCCUCUAAGAAUCCCAAAAUGACAGCAGGCCUGUAUUCACCAUCCUACAUUAUCCUCUAAGAAUCCCAAAAUGACAGCAGGCCUGUAUUCACCAUCCUACAUUAUCCUCUAAGAAUCCCAAAAUGACAGCAGGCCUGUAUUCACCAUCCUACAUUAUCCACUACGAAUCCCCAAUGACAGCAGCCCUGUAGUCACCAUCCUACAUUAUCCACUAGGAAUCCCCAAAUGACACCAGCCCUGUAUUCCCCAUCCCACAUUAUCCACUAAAGAUCCCCCAACCACAGCAGGAAUGUAUUCACCAUCCUCCAUUCUCCACAGCCCCGCUAUUCUUCUCCCAGCGACUUGUCCUGGCAUUCCUUGCUUUCCUCGGCAACCUGCUCGUCUACACGACCAGGGUCAACAUCUCGGUGGCCAUCAUUUGCAUGGUGCGCACCCCGACGGUCAACAUCACGGACCUCAACAACCUCACCGACAUCAUCGGUCGGAACACCUCGGCGGCCGACGGCGUGUGCGGUGGGGACAGCAACGCGGGGGUGGACAAGGACACCAACGAUGUGAGUCAUUUGAAAAUGAGACUUUUGAGCACACAUACUUGAAAUCAUAAGCAAGUCAUCUAUUGAGCACAUACUUGUAAUCAUAAGCAAGUCAUCUAUUGAGCACAUACUUGUAAUCAUAAGCAAGUCAUCUAUUGAGCACAUACUUGUAAUCAUAAGCAAGUCAUACUUUUUUUGAUUUACCUUUAUGUUUUUGAGAUAAAAAAUACACAUAUUCGUUUACACACACGCACACACACACACGCACACGCACACACACACACACACACACACGCACACACACACACACACACACACACACACAAUAAUAAAACGUCCCUUCUGUCUAUAUUAGUCUCGCUAUCUCUAUCUGCUAAGAAACCUGGAGGGCUUUAUAUGGAAAUAAAAUUCGAACGUUCUAGUAGCGAAAUCUAGAAAUCGCGUCACCUAUUAGCGUUCUUAAGAACAGAUUGAACGCAUUCGAAUGUAAACAUGCUUUUCCCCUCAGCCAGGACAGUGUCGGGCAGGGAAGGUUGACACAACACAGCUGCACAAUGACAUCAACGUCAAUGUCAGUCUCGCAGAAAAGUUGCGAUGGCUGAAAAAAAAAAGUCUUCAUGUUGAAGUUUAAAAAUGAGCGAAGCCCUCCGCUAUACUUGGCUAUGUAACACGUGUAAUCAUAACAGAGCAUACUUGUCAUCAUAACAAAGCAUACUUGUCAUCAUAACAGAGCAUACUUGUCAUCAUAACAGAGCAUACUAGUCAUCAUAACACAGCAUACUUGUCAUCAUAACAUAGCCUACUUGUCAUCAUAACAGAGCAUAUUUGUCAUCAUAACAGAGCAUACUUGUCAUCAUAACACAGCAUACUUGUCAUCAUAACAGAGCAUGCUUGUCAUCAUAACACAGCAUACUUGAAAUCAUAACAGAACAUACUUGUCAUCAUAACAAAACAUACUUGAAAUCAUAACAGAGCAUACUUGUCAUCAUAACACAGCAUACUUGUCAUCAUAACAGAGCAUACUUGUCAUCAUAACAAAGCAUACUUGUAAUCAUAACAGAGCCUACUUGUCAUCAUAACAGAGCAUAUUUGUCAUCAUAACAGAGCAUACUUGUCAUCAUAACACAGCAUACUUGUCAUCAUAACAGAGCAUGCUUGUCAUCAUAACAGAGCAUACUUGAAAUCAUAACAGAGCAUACUUGUCAUCAUAACAAAGCAUACUUGAAAUCAUAACAGAGCAUACUUGUCAUCAUAACAAAGCAUACUUGUAAUCAUAACAGAGCAUACUUGUCAUCAUAACAAGCAUACUUGUAAUCUAAAAAAGCAUACUGGUAAUCAUAACAAAGCAUACUUGAAAUCAUAACAAAGCAUACUUGUAUUCAUAACAAAGCAUACUUGUAAUCAUAGCAAAGCAUACAUGUAAUCGUAACAAAGCAUGCCGAUAAUUGUAACAAAAACCAGCCUCAGACAGUAGCAAUGCCACAAACGACCGUACAAACAUUGUUACCGUUACAUACAUCAAAUCGAUCCAUACUGGCAUACGGUGAACGUUUGGGUUCCAAUUUUUCAUUCUACUUUAUUUUGCACCAGCUCUACUUCAAGCCAUUAGAUAAUAAAGUAUCAUCAUUUAGUUGGUCUAAAUUUUUUUCACAGAGAGCUGAGUUCGACUGGGACAAAGCCACUAGAUCCGAGCUGUUGUCUAUGUACUUCUACGGCUACAUCUUCACACAGAUACCAAGUACGUCUUUCAGCGGGAUGAAUUGUACACCUAUCUAAGAUAAGAUAAAGUUAAGAUAAGAUGAGAUUCUUUAUUGAUACAAAUAAAUGGAAAUGUUCUUUGAUGACAUUGGACACAUUCAUUUUCAGCAUGAAAAUAAGUACAUAUUUUAAGCAAAUCGUUCCCCCCAAAUCGUGGUCCGAGGACCGGUACAUGCCCGCGAGCCUUAAGUUCCGGUCCACACAACUUGAAUGCUUGUGGUCAAGUAAAAACGAAAUAGAAUUGAUAAACCUGGCGCCGGUCCCUGGUGCAUUUCCACAAUUGUCCCCCGAUCUGCCAAACUUAAAACAUUUUGUGAAACACUGUCCUAGACAACUGACGCUCUUAAGUGCAAGAAACUGUAACCAUUAAAAUAUGUCGUCGACUGUUCACUUCCCUUGUACACUUUCAUAUUGCAUCUUUUCAUUAUAUAUGCUUGUAUUGCAUGCUUGCAUAGUGUGUGCUUUCAUUGCAUGCUCGCAUUGUUUACUUGCGUUGAUCAGGUGGGUGGCUGGCGUCUCGCUACGGCGGGAAACGGGUCUGGGGGUUCUUCAUGCUGAUCUGCUCGCUGUGCACCCUGCUGACCCCGGUCAGUGCACGGAUCCACGUGCACAUGGCGUACGCUGUGAGGUUCAUACUUGGGUUCGCAGCGGUGAGUAUUUUAAGCAGCAGGUUAGCUGGCAUGACCAAGACGGUGGGACCUGAGUAUUCGCAUUUUAGGGACAUUUCCCAGGAGAUAGCCCACCACUUGAUUUACAUUUUAUUAAGAGAUAUUGUUUUUCUUUGACAACUUUGUUCUUUCACUUAUUGAAAAAUGUAUAGUUACGUUUGAAAAUUGUUUAUAAGAUAAAGUUGUACUAUCAUUAUUAAAUAUAUAUAUAUAUAUUAAUAUAUUAAUAUUAUGUGUAUAAAAUUUUCAUAGUUUUCUAAAAAAUUAUCCAAUAUUCCACAGGGAGUUACCUUUCCUUGUGUGCACGCCAUGUUGGGGAAGUGGUCGCCGCCCUUCGAAAGAAGCAAGAUGGCGUCUUACACUUUUGCAGGUUGGGAUAAAAUUAGAGACGUUCUUUCUUUCGUCUUACCUUACAGUAAAAUAAGUAUUUUUGAUAUUGCAUUUGAAGGCUAUAUUAUUAGUCCACAUCUGCCCACAUUUUCAACCUGACAUCUCUGACUGUGGAGUGUGAUUCGCCAACUCUGUUUUUCGUACCCAGUCAUUCUAUCUUCAUAUGUCUACCUUAGAGGUCGUUCGCAAAUGACGUCGCGCUAAAAAUAACCUUUUUAGACCCUUCUCUUCCCUGUCACAAAUUCUCCCCCCCCCCCCACCCCAGCCCCCCAGUGUCACGUCACACCCAAAAAAAACAACAACAAAAACAAACAACAACCCAAAACAUACAUAAAAUGUGAAUAAUUAAACUAAGAGUUCAUUUUAUUCCUUAACAUUUUCCCAUAAUGGAUUAAGAUGUAUUACUAUUAGAAAAGUGUGACGCGAAACAACGAAGUCAUCGACAAGCCGAAUGUAAAAUGGCCACAGCAGUUUUGGGGUCAUUUUUCGAUAUGCGCAGAAGGUGUGCACGACAGAUUUUCACGGUACCUAUAAUAAAUUUCGACUUCGAAUNGGGGGGGGGGGGAAAAACUUUUAAAAAAAAAAAAAAAAUCAAGGCCCCACAAAAUUUCACUUCCUCCCCCCCUUGUCCCAAAGGGUCACAAAUCCCCCACCCCCCCCCCCUUUCUCCCACUGUACGUGACGUAAUUUGCGAAGGACUCCCUUAUUGGAAGCCUAACACGCCCCCCCCCCUCACCAAUGACAGAACAUGAACAUUUUUUUCCGCGUUUUUUCUUAUUUAAUUAGAUUUUUUCUUCAUUCCUUUGUUUUGAAAUUUAAAAAAAAAAUAAGCUUUAAAAAUCAUUAAGUUGCCAUCUCUAAACCUGCAUCAAUCUUUGGCUGCCGCCUCGGAUACUACUUUUCAGGCAAGUGCUAUUUUUAAAAAUUUAAUUCUGGUUUUUUUUCUGUUGUUUAUUCGCUGACGAAGGCUUCCUGUCGACACGUUCGUCGUUGUGCUGCGCUCCUUUUUCAGGUUUUCAAUAUUUUUUUUUCUUUUACUCCAAUUCCCUCUAAUCCCGCAGGACCUCUGUUGGGCAACAUCGCCACGUUCUCCAUCUCCGGACUCCUGUGCCAGUACGGGUUUGACAACGGCUGGGGAUCCAUCUUCUAUCUGUCCGGUAACCGAUACUCCAUUGACGCAUUUAACCGAAACUGGUCUUUAACAGGGGUCUUGAUAUAAAGAACGCAGCUUUCGACGUAAAUGAUGUUUUCACGUGUGUGUUUCUAGAAAGGGACCUAUAAAUACGACCCACCUAAUAGGACACGCCUAUGUUAUGGUCAAAGAUGUCAUUUUUCAUUAGGGCACCGCCCUUCAUCAGAAGAGCUUAUAGUAUUUUCUUAACACUUGAAUGGCGGGGGGCGGGUCAUUUCUUUUGUUGGGGUGCGAUGAACGGGAAAGAAAUUACGAAUUAAAGAAAGAAAAAAAAAACGUGUAAAAUAAACAGCUGUGUUAUCGUAACAAAGAGAAAACGUGAAAUUCUGAGUGGGGAACGAGACUGAAACGUCUAUUUUAGUAUGGCGACUAAAAAAAAAAAGAUGAGCCUGUUUUAAAAUGUCAAAAAAAAACAACAACAAAAAAAAACUUUCUAAAAUAAAAGUAAGACAUAUUUUAACUUAACUCACCUGGACAUAGUGUUGAUGCCAUGUGUCCAGGGCGUGCCCAGUUAAUCCAAUAAAUAUAAUAUACUAUGUCGCUUACAAAACAGGGCUGUUCAACUUGUUGUGGGUCGUGGCCUGGUUCCUGUUCACAGCCGACUCCCCUGGACAGCACACGUAUAUCUCCGAGAGGGAGAGGGUGUACAUUGAAUCAUCGAUUGGCAAAGGCGGAAUCAAGAAGGUAGGUCAAGGCCAUAGGACCACUCCCCCCUCCCCCCUCCCCACACAUUUAUUUGGCUGGCAGAGUUUGUUGCUUCAUAUAUAUAAAUCAUCUGUAUCAAAAAUCAUAUGUUUCAUUUAAACUUUGUAAUAUUUUACAUACUCCACCGUUUCUUACCUCCAUCUUCAGGUGCGCAAAGUCCCAUGGUUAAAAAUGUUCACCUCCGGUCCGCUGUGGGCUGUCAUCACAGGCCACAUGUGUAACAACUACGUCAACUACACUCUGUUGACGUCGCUGCCCACAUUCAUGAAAGAAAGUCUCAAUUUUGACAUCAAGCAGGUCAGGCUACUUCCCUACAAAAAUUCGUUAUUUGUAAGAUUGGAAUAUUGAAACAGACCUCGUCUAUUAUGAAAGUAAGCCAGCAUUACCAGCUGAAAUAAAUGGAGGGCGUGUGUUCGUAACGUGGACAAAUAGAGUUUGGGUGCCCACUAAAACUAGGUGUGAACUAGAACUAGGUCAAUCAGAGUCCGUGUGUCCAAUUAAACUAAGAGUCCAAUAAACUAGGUCAAAUAGAAUACGGGUGUUCAAUAAAACUAGGUCAAAGAGAGUGCGGGUGUCCAAUAAAACUAGAUCAAAUAGAGUACCGAUAUCCAAUCAAAACUAGGUCCAAUGGAGUACUGGUUUCCAAUAAAACUAGGUCAAAUAGUUUAUGGGUGUUAAAUUAAACUAGGUCAAAAUUCAUUCAAGUAAGUUGUCAUACUAUGAAAACUCUAAAAAGUGUAAUGAAACAAGCAGCAAUAUCAAUUUCUCCCAUCUUUGCCCAAUCAACAGAAUGGCCUGCUGUCCGCCCUGCCCUACGUGUGUCAGUUCAUAGCGUCUAUCGCCGUGGGCUGGGUGGCCGACACCUUCAGGGAGCGGGGCAUCAUGUCAACAAAGAUGGUCAGGAAGUCUUUUCAAGUGUUCUGUAAGUCCCUCGGCCAGGCUAGGGAAAAUAAAAGAGCUGUCCCUCCCCGAUCCAUUCAUAGACAUGUUGUAACUUUUUGCCAUGUGUGAUUUCUUUCAAUCGAUUCUUUUACACGUUUUCGAUACACCGUCAUAACACCGAAUUGAACACAAGUCCUUUUUCCAAUAGUAAUGUAACUUUAAUCUAUACAUUCCAACGGACUGUACAUCUAAUAAAGCACCAUUAUAGCGCAGCUCGCUAUAAGAAAGAUAUAAUAAUAAUCAACCAUCCGCUACAAGGCUCUUUCGACGACUGCCCGUACGACAAAGACAGUCUAGACUCUAGACCAGGCCUGCACAACUGAUAUUGUUAGGCGGGCCGUAAAACUUUAUGUUACACCUGUUGACUUGCUACAUAAAGAGAAUUACGGUUAUCCGAUUUACGUGAAAAAAAAAGGAAGUGGGAAGGGGGGGGGGGGCAAGCUAUUAAGAAAAUAAUAAUUUAAAAAAAAAAUGUCGUUACUUCGCGGGCCGCAAAGCGGGUGCUUGCGGGCCGCAUGUUGCCCGCGGGCCGUAUGUUGUGCAGGCCUGCUCUAGACAAUUCUUCCUAAUUACAAUGAAAAUGAAGUCACCAAGCAAGUGGCGGAAAGGGCUUUCAUUAACUAUCCCCAGUUUAAAAAACACACCGCGCACAAUGAAACACAAUAUUCGGUGCGCAAAUUUGUGUUAGUGAAUUUACAUCUUCGAAAACAAGACGGUUAUAGGAUUUAAAAAAAAAAGAUAGUUGAGUUGAUGCCUGAAUAUAAUUUUCCCCUCUUCUCCAAACAGCUUUUCUCGGCACGGCCGUGUGCAUGGCCAGCGUCGGACAGAUGAACUGCGAGCAGCGUCAUUUCGCCGUCGCGUUGCUCUGUCUCUGCACGUCCUUCAUGAGCUUUAACAGGGCCGGAUAUGUGGUCAACCACCUUGACCUUGCUCCAAGGUAAUUUAUUUGUACGCCUUGCGUGCAAUUGUAAGACGCUAAGAAAUUUCGUGCUAGAUGUUUAAAACAAGUUAAACUAUGCGACCCUGUGUGGUUAGUCUUGCAAUUUCAAACUUAGAGACACACUCGUACGUUCCCUGGAUUCCUACUUUUAGAGGGUGACUGAAAUACUAUUAUUUUCUUGACAUGUCAUAACCUCUUGACCCCGCCCCUUAACUGCAAUGGGUUACCCUUUAACUGCAAUGGAGUAACCUAUUAACUGCAAUGGAUUAACCUUUUAACUGCAAUUGAUUAACCCCUUAACCGCAAUUGAUUAACCAGUUAACUGCAAUGGAUUAACACCUUAACCGCAAUGGAUUAACCCUUUAACUGCAAUGGAUUAACCCUUUAACUGCAAUUGAUUAACCCCUUAACUGCAAUUGAUUAACCCGUUAACUCCAAUGGAUUAAUACCUUAACUGCAAUGGAUUAACCCUUUAACUGCAAUUGAUUAACCAGUUAACUGCAAUUGAUUAACCAUUUAACUGCAAUUGAUUAACACCUUAACUGCAAUGGAUUAACCCUUUAACUUCAAUGAAUUAAACAACUGAAAAGGCUAAACCUGUUAAUUGAAAUAGAUUAAUCCCUUAACAACAAUGGAUUAGACUUUAACUGCAAGGGAUUAACCCCUUAGCUGACAUGGAUUAAUCAAGUUUUUUUUGGGAGGUCUCAUAAAAAAUUUAAAAAGAAACAAAUUAUCUUUAAAAAAAAUAAAUGACGUCAUAGUUCAUGUUGAGCAUAAAGCCUGGUGUGUGACGGGUUGUUCUUGUUUUUUUUAAAAACAUCACACGGUCUUGCAGUUCAGGGCAUCAGCUCUCAAAUACAAACACAUUAUUUAAUCCAGCAGAUUGAGCUCGUAACCAGUUGAGUUUAAUUGAUAUCUCUCAAACAGCUACGCUGGUAUCUUGUUCGGCAUCACCAACACAGUGGCGACCAUUCCUGGCAUGGUGGCGCCCGUCAUAGCUGGCGCCCUGACACCUAAUGUAAGUCAAGCAUAUUAACUUUAAAAACAAAUACAUAUAUAUAUUUUUUUUUAAAAAUCAGUCUCAAUCAUCUAAAUUUAGUAAAAGCUCCCGAGAUGCUUAAUUCAUUUGCUAUUUCCCCCCUUUGAAACAUAAAAUUAACACACUACGACAUAUAAAUGCGUGAUAUUGUUUCCCAUAUAUUUUUGGCCCCUUUGCAAUGUUAACAAAUAAAACAUCAAAUAUCUGAAAAUGCAUCUCGUGUUUUCCGGAACUAGAGAACAGCCGAAGAAUGGAAGGUCGUGUUCUACGUCUGCUCGGCCAUCGCUGCUCUUGGCGCGGUCAUCUACUUCAUUUUAGCCGACGGCGAGCUUCAGGAGUGGGCCGUCCCGACGGAAGCCAAUCUCAAAUUGGAAAUACAAGUGCACCGCUCCCAGGACCGAGAGCUGGAGAAGUACUCUGAGGACCAUGGCGAGAAACUCGCCGAUGGUCUGGACGGACGCAAAGAAAAAGUUUUACCAUUAGUUUAUAAGCCCCAUGGUCGCAUGAGCUAAAGAGUUGUUAAAAUCAACACCUUUAAUUC